AUGACAGAUAUGGGUAAACUGUAGGCUUCUCUACUCUCUCAAAUGGCUUCUCAGAUUAUGAACAAGAACUGACCAUAUCCGAAAGUUUUCCUGGGAUUCCCAAAGGACCCACAGGGAUACCUGAGCCUGUCCCCCCAGACCGUCAAUUCAAAGGUCAUCCACAGCUUCCAAUCAAUGAGCGCCUCGAGGCCGCCAAAAACUUCCUCGCAGACGAAGAUCCUAACAGAUGUAUUGGUUUUCGCGAAAAGCAUGCAGAGAUUGAUGAAUAUCUCAAGUACAUAAAGGGAGAAAAGCUCCAGUUUGACGAGAAACUUUUCCGAGAUGUCAGGAUUAUGUCCGAGACUCAUCAUGAGUGGGACAAGCGUGUGCAACAAGGAUGGAUAGACACCGACUGUGGCACUAAGCCCUUGAUACAACCUCGAUCCAAUCGGUUGCUUACAGGGAGUCAGACACAGCAAUGGCAGAGCGAGAGAGAGGCGAUGGGGGUUGAGGCCCAGAUGAGAGGGGAGGACCCGCCCUUUUCCGUUGAUCGGAACGCCGAGCACGCGGGCUUCAUCAAGGCCUUGGCCGUCGACAGCACGCAGGAUCCGGAUACGGUUGAUGAGGGUACAAAUCUGAUGUUCGUGGAAGGACGUGCGUACGAGUGGGCGAUGAGAGAGCCUGCGUGGAUCCCAUAUUGGAUGCAUCCGACCGAAGGGCUCUCCAAGACUCCCAUCAAGGCCGAUGACGACGAGCCGUGGUAUCGACAAGAACUUGCGGAGAAGCGAAGGAGGAAGGGUCGUACUCUCGACCGACCACCGCGACAAGAGCUUCCGGAGGCGAUCCAGAGCCGCGAAUAUCGAAUCAACCUGCUGCUAGCCAAGGGAAAAGACCGGACGCUCGAGGAAGACGAUGACCUACACUAUCUGCUGUCCAAUCACUUUCCCCCCGAGCUCAUACGUGGGUGGGUGCAGAUUCAGGUGGAGCGGACCCAGCUGGAGCUCGCACAGGUCGAGCUCGAUAGUGAGCUACGAAAGCUCAGUGCCUUGCGGCAGAAGAUUCCUGCCGCGCCGAAGCCGCCAGUAGUGUGGUGGUAUGAAAACCGCAUCAGCAGCGUGCUCGGCAACAUCCGAGAGAAGUUGCUCUACUUCAAGGCCAUCUCCGACACGUGGUAUCGCUGGAUUGAGAAAGCCGGUGGGGUGCAAUGCGUCGUCGAAAGCAGCGAUGAGGCGGUUCAAGAGGCCACCGAGGCGCUGGGGGUCCUCAUCUUUCCAGCCGAGCAGGAGGCCAACCCAUCGCAACUCAGCAGAGUUGCGCGAGCGAGGGCCAUCGUGUCGACCGCACGAGAGGCGCGUGGCCUUUGGAACACCACGUUGAGUCGAGAGGACAAGAACCUCUUGAUGAGGGUCAUGUACGCAUCAGGCGUGCACCGCCCAGAGCUGGCGGGAUGGGUCGACAACGUCGAGCGCAUUUUCGGUGAAGAUUUCCGGCUGGCCAUGCUGGAUCGCUUCGACACGCUGCCCCAGGCCACGCGAGACGAAAUCAACGCCUUGCGCGAGUCCUGCAUCAACGCGUGGAAAGGCUACGACGAUGUACAGGUGCUUCCCCCAGGUGCCGACACCAGGGUCGACCCGGCGGCCGCGACGCCUGGCGAAUUCAAGACCUUUUAUGUUGCCUUCAGCGAGAAUCCCUCGUCCAUCCAGGCCCGCGAGAGGAAGCGGCAGGCCAGAAGGGAAAAUGCCAAGCUGGAGUUGAUGCGAAAGGCGAAGCAAACAACAGAAGCAGCCGCCAGGACGACCAUCGACUACACCCCCCAAGCCGAACGACGCGGCAUCCAGCGAGCCGCCAUCGAGUUGGGCCUGAACCUUCUGUGUACCAACGAGGAACAGCAUCGACCCGAUGACAAGUUCCGUAUUGUCCAGCUGCCCCCUCCACACGUCGACUGGAGUGACCGUCCCGAAGUGCCCUUGACGUUGCCGUUGGAUCCCACCAAACGCCCAGUCGAGCUGGAGCCCUUCUACUUUACCAAGAAGGUCGCGGCCUACCGCUGGGAGAUGGAGAUGAAGUAUCAUCUGGGUCGAACCAAGGCCAUAGAACAACGACGUGGUCUGCUCGAUCCUCCUGCGAAUCUGAGCGGUCCCUUCUCAGUAGCCUCGCUUGAGCAGUACCAGGAAGUGACCGCGAGGGCAAAGAAUAUCUUAACCAGUGUUUACAGCAGUAUGGCUCGCGCGAACAAAAUCUCCCCCCGGCCGUUGAUGGCUGCCUUGAUAGAUCGUGUAGAUGAAGGCUUGCGGUGGAGAGCGGGAGAGCCGUCUAUCUUCUACAAAGAAAUCGUGACUCCGAACGGCCAACGAGUCGAGCAGAGUAUUGAGCUGACAAACCCCGGAAUCGACCUUCUCAACGAGAUUGCUGGACCUUCUUGGGAUGAGUCACAACGUCCUUUUGAAGAGGUUGAUGUGCGAGUGCCUGAUUGGGACAUGGCAAAGUUGACGGAGUUCUGUAAUGAUAUUGAAGACGUUCGAGAAUACAUUCCCCUCUGGGAAGCUUAUAAACCGCCGAAGCAAUCGAGAGAGGAUACUAUUAGAUUGGUACAGCAACCACACGAUCCAUAUGUCAAGGGCAAGACAGGUAUUUCUUUGAAGUCCCUUCUGCAACUCAUGAACAGCAAACGUGUGGAAGCUGGCGGCAAAAAUAUUCAUCUGUGGACGGAGGAUGAGGCGAAGCAUAACUUGGAUGGCAUGAGACUUGCACAGGUGAUUCGGUUAGUCAUGAGACACCUCUUUUCUCAACAAGGCAGAUUGUGCUUACAACUUCUAGUUACAAUGAUGACCAGGAGGGUAUGGAAAUGGUAUCUCAGAUCCCAUUUGAUGGCCACCCCGAAAAUAAAUAUGUUACAUCCCUAAGUGCAAUCCCAGGCGCUCCUGGUGUGAAGCAGAAUCAGUUGGGCCACUACGAGGUACGAUACGAUGCUGAAGGAACGAUUGGGCCAUGCAUUGUGCAGCCCAACAAAUACGAGUACCUUCAAAGAUUGUCUUGGCAACUUGGACGUCUUAUUACUCGCGGGUUGUCAACUCUCGCAGACUACCGUGGGAGCUUUGAAGCAGAACUGGCUGAGCAAAAAUCGGGAUAUGAGAUCACCUAUCGCGAUUUCAUGCAAAAUCUUAAUGAAGCCGAGGUUUCAUACCUUCGCAGCACCGUCUUCAAGGGCGUGAAGCCUGAGGACCCACCGGAAAGCCUGCAAGACCUUGCAUUGGAACUCCAUGAGAUUGCGCCAGACAUCGCCCAACGAAGCGCAAUGGAGUUCCAAGGUAAUGACCCAAGAAACAUGACAGCAAAACAAGCAGCCACCUUGCUCCAGAUUCAAGUUCUGGAAGAAAACAACAACAGUUGGGAAUCUCGUUUCCCUGAAAACGAACAUGUUUGGGAUUUUGCUGCACCACGGCUUGUUCCCAUAGAAAGGGAAUUGGAGAUAGCCGGCGAGAAAUUGAAAGUUACCCAAGGUCCAAGGAAAUAUUUCAAUAUGCGCCGAUUCCCCGUGGGAUGCCAAACCGAAGUAACUCAACUUGCAAUCAGAUCGUCUGGCCCCGUUGUGCGAACAAAGGCCGACGUGAAACCACCAGAGGAGCAAGAACCAGAUCAACUCCCAGGAGAGAUUUAUCGAGGCGCUGACGGCCCACCAUACUUUCCAUUUGGCGAGACGCCGUAUCAAGAAGCCUAUCAAUCUUUCAGGAUGGAACAAGACUUGGCGGAUGGUGAGUUGUCCAUGCCCCAUAUAUCACUAUUGAUUUAAAACUAAUCAAACCGCAGUGCCAGAAUUCAAAACAAAACCAGCAACAGAGUCCGAAAAAACGCAGAAGCCAACGAAACCAGUUGCGGCAAUCUUUCGCCCAGCUCUUCCUGAACUGCCACCAGAUUUCAACCCCAUAUCUAUAACACCAGCUGAAAAGAGACUUAGAGAUAUUGAAGAGCGUCAAAAACAGCCGGGUGCUCCAGACCCAAAAAUCCUUGAAAAUUAUUACAAACAAUGGGAGAUCAAGGCAAUGGAGGCGCGGCAAGUAUACGAGCAGAAAAGAAAAAACCAGGAAGAAGUUCGAGCCGCUAUAGAGAAGGAAGCUGAUAAGAAAUGGGAUGAAUUGUCGAGAGAGGAAAUUUUGGAUGUGUGCAAGCAAUUGGGCAUUGAUCCUAGCGAUCCAAAGCCGCCACCAAAGGGGGGCGUGAGGAGGAGCAAUAGGAAAAGACCAGCAGCUAAUCAACCUUCCGGAGAACCUAGCAGUCAGAAGACUAAGCGAGCACCUAGCGAGUCACCCAUGAUGUCACCGAGCCCGGGGGCUUUUCCGGAGGAUGAUAGCGAGUAGUGGUUUUCCUAGGGCGGCAAUGAGAGCUA